AUGAAUGAUAAUUUUUUUCCUACAGCGUUAAUAGGACCAAUCUCUGUGGGAGUGGGGAGUCAACUGAAAUGCUACGAUGUCGGAGUAAUAACCAAAUCCCAUUGCAAAAGCGAACGUCGCUACUUGAACCAUGCUGCUCUUGUGGUUGGAUAUACUGAAGAUUACUGGAUCCUAAAGAACAGCUGGGGAAAGUAUUGGGGAGAAAAUGGAUACUUCAGGAUAAAGAGAAAUGACGAAAACACUUGUGGUGUUGCCACGGUAGCUUCCUAUCCCACUUUGGAUUAG